GGGCACGCGGUUUUAUGCGGUGGGUUUUUUUUUUCCCUGGGAUUGUCCAUGUAGUCUGGCCUUGCGGCCCUCAGGGCGCUUUGCGCUGAACGUUGGCUGCAGGAAUGACAAACGCUCGCGGCUUUGCACCCAGAGUGCACCUGCCAGCUUCCAAUGCAAGUGAUGCAGGAGGUGCUCUCUUGCAUGCAUUUUGCUGCAGUCAGGGUUUGGAGUCUCUAGUUAGCUCCCCUGACCCGUGCAUCCAUCUGGAGAGAAAGAGGAGGGCAAGGCCGGCUUUCUGUGGAAUCCAGUGGUCACAUCCCCAUCAGGACCCCUGAAUGCCUACCUUCGGUGUGGUCAACAUGGAAUUCUGAAGUCCAUGUGGCUCCUCACAGUAAACAAGGUCCUAAGGAAAAUGCAGAGACGCCACAGCAGUAACACGGAUAACGUUCCACCUGAAAGAAAUCGCAGCCAAGCUCUCAGCUCCGAGGCCAGCGUGGACGAAGGGGGCGUCUUCGAGAGUCUGAAGGCAGAAGCGGCCUCCCCGCCAGCGCUCUUCUCCGGCCUCUCGGGCCUCCCGACGGGCAGCCUCCCCGCCGCCCCCUUCCCGUCCAGCCUGGUGCUGGGCGCCUCCGCCAGCGGCGGGGACGUGUUCAUCCAGAUGCCCGCGUCCAGGGAGGAGGGUGGAGGCCGGGGCGAGGGCGGCACCUACCACCACCGCCAGCCCCACCACCACUUUCACCACGGCGGCCACCGUGGCAGCUCGCUGCUGCAGCACGUGGGGGGCGACCACCGGGCACACUCCGACGAGGGGGGCGACGAGCAGCCGGGCACCCCCGCCCCUGCCCUGUCCGAGCUGAAGGCCGUGGUCUGCUGGCUCCAGAAGGGCCUGCCCUUCAUCCUGAUCCUCCUGACCAAACUGUGUUUCCAGCAUAAGCUCGGUAUUGCCGUGUGCAUCGGGAUGGCCACCACCUUCGCCUAUGCCAACUCCACUCUCCGAGAACAGGUCUCUCUGAAGGAGAAGAGGUCGGUGCUGGUCAUCUUGUGGAUCUUGGCCUUCCUGGCGGGGAACACCCUGUAUGUGCUCUAUACGUUCAGUUCCCAGCAGCUGUACAACAGCCUCAUAUUUCUAAAGCCCAACCUGGAGACCCUGGACUUCUUCGAUCUGCUGUGGAUCGUGGGGAUCGCAGACUUUGUACUGAAGUACAUCACUAUCGCCCUCAAGUGCCUCAUCGUAGCCCUGCCCAAGAUCAUCCUGGCUGUCAAGUCCAAGGGAAAGUUCUAUCUGGUCAUCGAGGAGUUGAGCCAGCUGUUCCGAUCGCUUGUCCCCAUCCAGCUGUGGUAUAAAUACAUCAUGGGCGACGAUUCCUCCAACAGCUACUUUCUGGGAGGGGUCCUGAUGGUCCUCUACAGCCUCUGCAAGUCCUUCGACAUCUGCGGCCGCGUGGGUGGAGUUAGGAAAGCGCUGAAGCUCCUUUGCACCUCUCAGAAUUACGGAGUCCGGGCCACUGGGCAGCAGUGCACGGAGGCUGGUGAUAUCUGUGCCAUCUGCCAGGCCGAGUUCCGGGAGCCUCUGAUCCUUAUGUGCCAGCACGUGUUCUGUGAGGAGUGCCUCUGCCUCUGGCUGGAUCGAGAGCGCACCUGCCCGCUCUGCCGCUCCGUCGCCGUGGACACCCUGCGCUGCUGGAAGGACGGGGCCACCUCGGCACACUUCCAGGUGUAUUAGGGCUGAAGCUCCAGCACGCCCAGGGAGAUGACGGAGGGUCAGUGUCGCCGGGUCCAGCUCUGGGGACUUCCUGGAAAACUGGCCACAAGCGCUUCAUGUCCUGCCUCCUGCCUUUCUCCCUCUCUUUCCCUGAAGCCAGGCCCCUGUCCCCUGCACCUGCACCUUCAUCUCUUGUUCCGUGGCAUAGUGCGUGUGUCCUUCCCUACAAAUAGGGGAGCCUCCUAACCCAGACUCGGCCUCUGCCCAGGCAGGUCUCCCACCUCCUCCAAGUCAAGGAACCAGGAAUAGGCAAAGUCCCUCCUGCUGGUUAUUUUAACUUAAGGGAACCAAGUACCUGAUGCUGCAAACUGGGGAGGGGCCUAGAGAUUGCUGCCUGCCCGCAGGGGCCCAGGCCUGCAGAUUAGGAUCGUUGUGAAAUCUUGCCGGGCCCCACCUAGAGUGAGCCAGGCAUCCUGGAUGACAGCUGAGGAGACUGAGGCACAGAACUCGAUGUGGUAAUGAUGGCAGGGUCACCCGGCUAGCUGUGGUGGGCUGAGUUUCCAGCCCAGGCCCGUCUGGCUUCAGAGCCUGCACUCACCCACUAUGCUGACCCUCUGCUCAGACAGUGCAGGCGCGGGGCCCGGCAGAUGAGUUUUUUAAAACCACAAGAGGUGAUUUGGAUGCGCGAGGGUGGCCCGGGUGCAUAGCUUAUUUAAUUUGGACUGCGUUGCGAAGGCUAAGGGUGAACCCUACCUCCAGAAACCUAGUUGUGGUUGAGUCCACCGGAAGACUUGGUCCUGAAAUUUCUUUUUUCCCCCGAGCUCUGGGCUGGGAUGCUCAAUCAUGUGUGGGCACUAAGAAAGGCCAGCUUUGGCCCGGAUGCAGAUACCACUGGGUCUCCACACCCAUCUAUAUUGUCUUCUCUUCCUCCUGUUCUUGUCCCCUCCCUCAGUAGCCUCUGUGGACAUUACCUCUCCCCUGGUAGCCUGCAGAGCAGGAGGGACAGUCCAUGUUGUGGAUUUGUCCACAAGCUAGGGUGGUGGCAGAGAGCACAGUAGCGAUCCGUGUUCCUAUGAUCCUGUGUCAGAGCUACUAAUCUCUAUAUUGGAACCCCUUCCCUCACUGCUUUGCAGUCUGGGAGGUGGCACAGGUCAUCACAUAGGAGCCACUGGAAUCUUGUGUGUCCUACCCUUCUCACAAACCUAUUCUCAUUGCCAUCGACCUCAGCACAAUGGGCUGGUGCCAGCGGCAUUUUGGAAAAAGCAAUCUAGGUAGCUAGUGAGCAGAUUAGCAAGAAAGCCGCAGGGGAGAUGGUGGGAGCCUGGCUGUCGCCUUGCCCCCGGCCAGCGUUAGCACCCACCCCGUCCCCAGGAGAUUCAGGACGUUUGCCCCUGGGCGCUAUGGAACCAGGACCUUUUCUUUCCCACGAUGGCCCUGGCUCUUUCCUGGUACCCAGCAAGACAUCCCUUCCAGGGUUGCGUGGCACCUUUCAAGCUCUGUUUCUAUGGCAAUGGCCGCGAUGUUACAAUCCCACUUGUCUGGAUGAUCAAGUCGGAAAGGAAAGUGGAGGGAAACAGAGCCCAGUGGACGCGGCUUCUUUGUUCCCCCCCGCCUUGAGGAAGAACCAAAGGGAAGGGACACAAGCUUCUGCAACUGGUUUUUGUCACAAAGAUCUCCCUGCCUGCAGAUGCCCUCAGAGAGGCCCGAGAAACGAGCUGGAGAAGACUUAUUAAAGUUGCUGCAUGUGAUGGAGCAGGUAGAGCAGUCUGUUGGGAGUCAGGCCUGGAAUCCUGAUUUUUUAUUUAUUUAAUUUUGUGUUUUUUUAAUUUAUUGGGUGACAUUGGUUAAUAAAAUUAU